UUUCUCCAAACAUAUUUUUGCAGUAUUAGAGAUGAUUGUUCACUUGUGGAAGGUGGAGAUGAGCCCCUUCGGCGUAGUUAUUCCUCUGCUCUUACUUGUUUGUGCUGCAGCACCGACGGUGCAUGCUUCCAACAGCAAUAUGAGCAUCCCAUCCGCUGCCGUGCUCGCCGGUUGCCAAAGGAGCUGCGGGAAUCUGACAUUCGACUAUCCCUUUGGCAUCGGCUCGUCCCAUUGCUUCUGGCAGCCAGACUUUGAGCUCAUCUGCAAUAACACGACGCAAAUCCCAAGGCUCUUCCUCCGGGACGGCGCCACGGAGGUCACCUACGACAUCGACAUUAAUUCUGCUUCCCCAGGUUUAGGAGUCGCAUUUUCACAUUAUAUCCCCAUGAGAUCUGGCGUCAACGUUUACAAGAUGGCAUGGAAUGCUCCCGGGAGAUCUCUAUAUUUUGUGUCCGCCGUAGUAAACAUCACUGGCUGCGACUUGGAUGUAUACCAGUUGCACGAUCGAACUGACACAAAUGUCGCUCAAGACACAGACUCAAAUGCAAUGGUGCCGCUUUGUACAGUUGCCUGCCCGAACAAGGAAAUCACAGAGACCUCCGUUCCUAGGCAAGACUGCAAUGGUACCGGAUGUUGCUCCACUUCGAACAUCGUCAUUCUUGCUCCCACCUUGCAGCUUCGGUUUGUACGCCAUGGCAAGGGGGAGCUGGCCCCUAACCGAAGCUCACUCUGGGACGGAAUCAAUAUAACUACUGAUUAUGCCGGUAUUACUUGGAGUAUAAUGGAUCAAGCAACGGGCGACACCAACCCGGCUAACAGGACCAACUACGGAAGUGUCAGCAAUCACAGCAAGUGGGUGCGCAAUCCUAUCACAGGUGGUCGUGGUUAUAAUUGCAUUUGCGAUAAUGGGUAUAAAGGCAAUUCCUACAUAAUCGAUGGAUGCUUGCGUGAUAGAGGGUAUAAUCCGGUCCAACGAAAGGAAAACUGCUCUCGAAAGUGCGGGAACAUCAGUGUUCCAUUUCCAUUCGGCCUAGAAGAAGGCUGUUGUGCAAGGAAGCUAUUUCAGCUCAACUCCACCAACACGUUGACGUCCAGCCUCCAACUAAAGGAUCAUUAUCGUGUGAUGAAUAUAAAUGUAAACGGCGGGCUAGUGGACAUCGAAGACACCUCAAGUUACCAGGGUGACAUGUAUGGGAUGCAUGUAUCCAAGGAACCUGAACUCUAUAUUGGUUUUGGGGAAUCGGUAUCUGUGCAAUGGGCCGUUGCCGGUCUGUCCUGCCGAGAGGCACAACAGAACAUGUCUGGUUACGCAUGUGUCAGCAACCAUAGCACUUGCUUAGGCGUCAACUCAACUGAUGGUUACAUCGGUUACCGGUGCAAAUGCAUGCAUGGCUUCCAAGGAAAUCUCUAUAUCGGAAAUGGCUGCCAAGAUAUUGACGAGUGCAACAGACCAGGCAUUUGCGAAGGAAUAUGCCAUAAUUCUAUAGGAAGGUACUAUUGUACGAAUUGUCCUGGCAAAACACAGUAUGAUGCUAAAACAAUGCAGUGCACCUUGACAAAAAAGCAAAAUCUUCUACUGGGUGUUGGCAUUGGGCUUAGUAGUGGCUUCGGAGUUCUACUUCUCAGCUCAAUUACAAUAGUUCUUGCUCGUAGAUGGAAAAGGGACAUCCAAAAGCAACUGCGAAGGAAGCAUUUCCGAAAGAACAAAGGCCUUCUGCUGGAACAGCUAAUAUCAUCAGAUGAAAAUGCGAGUGACAAGACAAAGAUAUUCACUUUGGAAGAACUAGAGAAGGCAACAAAUAACUUUGAUUCUACACGUAUACUGGGUCGUGGAGGGCAUGGUAUGGUGUACAAAGGCAUCUUGGCCAACCAACAUGUUGUGGCGAUAAAAAGGUCUAAGAACAUUAAUGAAGGUGAGAUCAGUCAAUUUAUUAAUGAGGUAGCAGUUCUCUCACAAAUAAACCACCGAAAUAUAGUAAAACUUUUUGGAUGUUGUCUUGAAACUGAGGUCCCACUAUUAGUUUAUGACUUUGUUCCCAAUGGCUCGUUAUAUGAAAUUCUACAUGCCAAUUCAAGCAGUGGCUGUUUCCUUUUGUCAUGGGAGGACUGCCUAAGAAUUGCCACGGAAGCUGCAGCAGCUCUAUAUUAUCUCCACUCGGCAGCUUUGGUGUCAGUCUUUCACCGUGACGUGAAAUCUUCUAAUAUACUGCUAGAUGCAAACUACACUGCUAAAGUUUCAGACUUCGGUGCUUCAAGAUUGGUUCCUAUUGACCAAACCCAUGUUGUCACAAAUAUACAAGGUACAUUUGGGUACUUGGAUCCAGAAUAUUACCAUACUGGGCAGCUAAACGAGAAGAGUGAUGUAUACAGUUUUGGUGUGGUACUUGUGGAGCUACUUCUGAGAAGGGAGCCUAUUUUUACAACCGAGUCAGGCUCAAAGCAAAAUUUGGCCAAUUACUUUCUCUCGGAGUUAAAAGUGAGGCCAAUCAAAGAGGUUGCUGCUGCUCAAGUUUGUGAGAAGGCAACCGAAGAAGAGAUUAAAAGUGUUGCCUCACUUACGGAGAUGUGCUUGAGGCUCCGAGGUGAAGAGAGACCUACUAUGAAAGAAGUUGAGAUGACUUUGCAGUUAUUGCGAACUAAAAGGUCAAACUCCAGCCAUGCCACUCCGGAAAAUGAUGAAAAUAUGCAACCACUCCAACGUACAAGAACUGAUGCUAGAUGCAAGUCGCAGGCCAUUAACUUGGGCAACGAUGUUUAUUCUGAGUCUCAAAACAACCAAGAAUGCAAUAGCUGCCAACAGGAGUUAUUAGGGUCUAUUGGGUUACCACAGUAAGGGCCAAUUUGAAAUUCAAAUUUCACAUGAAUUUUGGAGGAAAAGUUGCUUUCACUUAGAGUGUAGUAUAUUUCUAUUUCCUACUAAAUUCCUAUGAAAAUAUUGUAUUCCAGAAAAGGACUGAAAUGUGUGUACCUUUGAUUUAUCUUUCUUACCAAGUGCAAUGUACACUAGAUCACUUGUUUCCA